CUUUAUUCAUUUCCUAGUACGUGUUCAAUGUAUAAUACAAAUAAUAAACAUCCGAGGUUCAACGUAACGUAAUAACAAGGACCCUUUAUUGUAUACAAGUUAACAAUAUUAGACAAAAAUACACAAAAAAAAGUGGGGAAGCAAAUUAUACGUAUCUUCGAAUGUCUACAGUCGAUAACAAAGAAAGUGUGGUUAUCGACGGCGUUACACAAGCGACUCCUAUACUCUGCAUGAAGCACGUGCGUUCAAGUAAAUCUUAUUAAGAGGUUAUGGUCGACGAAAGUAAAUACGUCGUUUGAAGAAAAUCCAAAGAAUUUAUAAUUCUUCGUUCAGCAGAAUUACACGCAGAAUUAUAUCAAGAUACUACCAAUUAGAAAGACGCGAUGGAAGUGAUUAUAACGAGUGAUAAUGUCGCCGAAAAUUGGAGUGCAGCAGCUUGGGAUCCAAAUACAGGAUCUAUUUUAUCUACUUACAAGCACGCAACACCUAUCCGAAAUCACACGUUACAAGUUUUAAACGACUGUUAUUUAUUAGGUGCGGAUUCAACGAAACCUCGACUUCACAUAUGGCCGUUAAAUAGUCAAAGGCCACUGUCUAAUAUCAGAUUGACGAUGCCGGGUAAAGUGUCCGCAUUAACGACGACACCGGAUGGUUCUUACAUCGUCGCUGCGAUUAGUGAAAAACUAUACGUUUGGCAGUUUUGCAAUGGCAGAUUAUUAUCAAUAAUAACGCGUCAUUAUCAAACAGUGACUUGUUUAAAGUUUACCAAAGACAGUUCAAUGUUCGUGAGCGCUGGAGAAGAUGGUUUGAUAUUCGUUUGGUCUUUGUUUCGUGUUAUAAACGAAGAACAACAAGCUACGGCCCUUUAUUCGUUUUCUAAUCAUACUUUGCCAGUAAAAGAUCUUUACGUUGGCCAUUGUGCUCCACGUGCUAGGUUAUGUUCCGUAUCAUUGGAUCGUACAGCGAAUAUUUACGAUCUCAAUGGCGGUAUACUCCUUGUAACUCUCGUAUUCGAUCUACCAUUAACUUCGGUUACCAUGAAUACGAAAGAAAGCGAAUUAUUCGUGGGUUGUACGAACGGUGUGAUCUUUAAAUACAAUUUACACGAACCACCACGAGGUAUCGAACACCAUGUUAAAUCGAGAACAAACGAGGAAGGCGACGACAGCGCCGCUUAUCGUGGCCACGAGUCAAUCGUUGUUUCUCUGUCGGUAUCUAACAAUUGUCACAAUCUACUUUCCGCUUCCAUGGAUAAAAAAGUACAUCUUUGGGAUGUGCCCAGUCGUCAGAUUCUCAGGACUUUCGGACACAAAGGACAAAUAACUUCGGCAUUUUUUACUAAACGUUUCAACAAUUUUCAGAUACACGAUCUGAAGCCUAGUUUAAAGAUUCAACCCUUGCAAAGGGUUUUGGAAGACAACUCGAAGGAGAGCGUUAUUGAAAUUAUCAGACAAGGACGAGACACGUCGGAUAUUUUAAAUUUCGAUUCUUACGUCGAAAAAGAAUCUAUUCGAUCGGAAAUAGACGACCAUGCUUCUCGUAAACUCGAAAGUGCGAUGGAAGAAAUUGAGAAACUUAAGAUGAUCAACUCGGCUUUAUACAAAUACAGCGUUGAACGUGUUUUACGUAAAUCCACGAGCGAUCGGAGUAAUCAAUAAGAAUCGUUUUUACAAAGGAAGAAGAAAAAAGAAAAAAAAAAAGGAAAAAAAAUUAUCGUUUGUAAAAUAAGAAAUAAUAAAAAGUGAUAAAAUCAUUUGAUAAGGAAAUUAUUUUUUUUCAGUUCUUUUUUCUUUUUAAAAUUUCUUUUCCGCUUGAUAGAAACUGUAUAGACGUUAGAAUUUGGAGUUUUGAUUAGUAUCGAAAUAUAAGGAUUACUCGAGAUGUAAUACCCAGAUUCGUCUGCUUUUAAUGAGUUCGAGAUGAGAGAAAAGGGUUCUCCCUUUCUCUCAAUUUAACCAACUAAUAUUUCAUUUAUAAAUAAUUUCUAUAAUUACGUGUAUUACUCGUAGAAAUGAAAAAUGUCUAUCGUUACUUCGUUCAAAGUAUCAUUAAUUUUACGAAUCGACGUACGUUUCGUAAUAAAAAAAUAUCUAUAUAUAUAUACGUGUGUGUCUUAAAGAAAAAUAAAAUCCUUGCGAAGAACCCUCAUUUUAAAAAUAACAUUGAUUUACGUAUCUUGGUGAAGAAAAAAGAAUAGAAAAAAAAAGCACAAGAAAGAACUAAGUUCGCACGAGUUAUUGAAAGUAAAAAAGAAGGUCAUAUUGCUACUGGAUGCAACGUUUAAGCGUUAUAUACGAUCCCUUAUUAACGUCGUUUUCCUAUAUCCUUUGUAUUUAAAUUAACUAAAAUUUAGAUGCAUGUAAAUGAAACGAUCGUAGACAAGAAGAAUAGUGUUUUAUAAGCAAAUUAUGCGGGCUUAACGAUAGCUCUGACAGGUUUGCAUGUAAAUUAAUCGUUCGACUUUGUGUGGGAGUCAAUAAUCAAUUCCAAUUAAUUUUUUUCUUUUUUUUUUUAUAUCCAAUCUUAUAUCGAUAAAUACUCUCGAGAUCAACUCGAUCUAUCGCUGAUCGAGUUAUAUAUGUAACCCGAUAAAAGAAAAGGUUUUAAAUAAAAAAAAGUUUAACCGAUCAAUAGAUCGAUAGAUCGAUCGGAUCGAAAAUGAUUGAUAAAAAGAAGAAAAAAUGAUCGUCACGUCAACUAGAUUAACGAAUCUCAAAUAAGUAUUCACUAGGGAAUAUAUCGAUGGGGAUAUGUCACGUCUAUUACAAUAAUAAUACGUUAUAAGCUGUCGUACAAUCAUAGGGUCACGCUUUAUAUAAAUCUACAUGUGAUCCGAUAAAAUGACGUAAUAGCGCCCUGAUUUUACCUAUGCAACAUCUUUCGAAAAUAUAUCGGAACGUCAAAAAAAAAUCAUGAUACUAUUGAAAUCGAUCUAUCAUCGAAAUACUACGAUCUUCAAUGCGAUAUUCGAUAAUUUUUUCUUUUUUUAAUUUCUUUUUUCCUCUCUUUUUUU